CAGAGGGGCCCUGGGUGCCAUGGCCGGCCUGAGGCUCCGGGGGCUGGCAGCCUCCAAGCUGUACCAGCGCCGGCAGGAUCGGCUGAGUGCCACAGGGUCACUGCUGGCCAGCAGGACACACACGGCAGCUGGGACUCGUGGUAAUAUGUCUGAUGCUCUGGCGAACGCCGUGUGCGAGCGCUGCCAGGCGCGGUUCGACCCCGCCGAGAGGAUUGUGAACAGCAAUGGGGAGCUCUACCACGAGAGCUGCUUUGUUUGUGCUCAGUGCUUCCGGCAGUUCCCAGAGGGACUCUUCUAUGAGUUUGAAGGUAGGAAGUACUGUGAGCAUGACUUCCAGAUGCUGUUUGCUCCUUGCUGUGGGGAAUGUGGCGAGUUCAUUACUGGGCGUGUUAUCAAGGCAAUGAACAACAACUGGCACCCAGAAUGCUUCCGCUGUGAGCUUUGCGACGUAACCCUUGCUGACCUGGGUUUUGUGAAGAAUGCUGGCAGGCACCUGUGCAGGCCAUGCCACAACCGUGAAAAAGCCAAGGGACUGGGCAAGUACAUCUGUCAGAAGUGCCACUUGAUAAUUGAUGAGCAGCCUCUGAUGUUUAGAAAUGACUCCUACCAUCCAGAUCACUUCAACUGCACCCACUGUGGGAAGGAGCUGACGGCCGAGGCGCGGGAGCUGAAGGGGGAGCUGUACUGCCUGCCCUGCCACGACAAGAUGGGCAUCCCCAUCUGCGGGGCCUGCCGCAGGCCCAUCGAGGGCCGCGUGGUCAACGCCCUGGGCAAGCAGUGGCACGUCGAGCAUUUUGUUUGUGCCAAGUGUGAGAAGCCAUUCUUGGGGCACCGACAUUAUGAAAAAAAAGGGCUGGCCUAUUGUGAGACUCAUUAUAAUCAGCUCUUUGGAGAUGUCUGCUACAACUGCAGCCACGUGAUAGAGGGAGAUGUGGUAUCAGCUCUUAACAAGGCCUGGUGUGUGAAUUGCUUCUCCUGCUCCACCUGCAAUGUCAAGCUCACACUGAAGAAUAAAUUUGUGGAGUUUGACAUGAAGCCUGUGUGCAAGAAGUGCUAUGAGAAAUUCCCUCUGGAGCUGAAGAAACGUCUGAAGAAAUUGUCAGAGCUGGCAUCCAAGAAGAUCCAUCCUAAAGCUUUAGAUUUAAACUCUGCUUAAAGCAAACAGGUCUGUCAGUCUCCUGACUGCACUCUUAACAUAAGCUGCUGCUCACUGCAGCUGUUGAUUACAGAAGCAAUUACUAAGAAGUGGAACCAAAGAUAAGCAGUACCUUCCCCUGCUUCUGGUGCUGUCUCUUGCAUCUCAACUGUCCCUUUUCCCAAGCAGCUGUCUGUUAACACUGGCAGGAAGAGGAGUAUGAGUUCUGCUUGAGCUGUGCACAGGCUGAUUAUUAAUUUGCUACUAACAUUGCAUUUUGCCUUUGUGGAGUUUUACACAAUCUUUCCUUCCUCAAUUGAACUGUACUACUCUUUCCACUCCUCUACUCUAAGGAAUUAGGAAAAAGUGGUUAAAUGUAGGGCUGGAAGAAAUGUCAGAUUUGCUCUUUCUCAAUCAGAGUAUCAGAAUUUUUCUUACUCUGGCUGAAGCAAUUUUUAGGUUUUUUAAUAUCUAGGCAAAUAGUCUGAAAGUUGUCAUUCUUUACUACAUGCGAAAAGUUCUGGUCUUUCUCCAGAAUGCUACAGACAAUAUGUGGGUGCCCUAUCCCAUAUCCCAAAUCCCAAUCCUUCUUGUUUGUAUGUUUACUGGGCAAGCCCAGGAACCAGUAGCUAUGGCAUCUGCACUGCCCAGUCAGGCCCAGUGUUAAGGCAGCUAAGAGGUUUCCUUUGCUGCUUCUGUGCUCAGUACUAAGGAGAUUUCAGGUGUCAAGGCCAUGUGAGCCUCUUCAGAAUGGCUGGGCUCUCUUUAAGGAGAAGGUGGCUAUGGGAAACUGAACAUUUUAUUAGAGCUGACACUAAUUUUCUCUGUUCUCUACUGCUACAUGGCUGGUAGAGCUUCUGCUGGUCAACACAAAGCACGUCUUGUCCAUUGGCAUAGCUGAUAUUUAUUGAGGUUGUGUGGUUGGAGCAUUGGUUACUCUUCUGCAUAAGGCAGUUGGAUAAAUAAUAUAGUACCAAUUUAAGCACUUCACUUUUCACAUUUUCACUUUAUUUGCCAGCCAAGGAUAUACUUGUUGGUCAUGCUUCAGAUAGCUCAAUUACAUGAAGGUGUUUCUAAUGUUUACAGUUUGUAGCAAAUGUGUUAUGCAGAAAAAAACCCCAUUUUUCUUAAAAUUUUUUCCCGAAUAAGAGUCCCAUUCAUCUUUCUUCUGGAGAUCUGAGUUUACUUAAGGAGAGGAUCUCAGACAUAAUGCUAAUAUCUCAAGCAUAUAGUCCUUCUCUGUAAUUUUGCUUGUCACCAGUGAGGUUUCACUGGUCCUGCUAUCUCUGCUCCCACAACCCAAGGUGCUGAGAAAUUUACUGGUUUUGGGUAUUCUCAAUACUUCUUUAGAGGUGAGCCAUCAGCAGUACUGUUCCUGAGCCCACCUGCAUGAUGUAUGACCCAGUGAGCUGCUGAGUCCCCCAGAGGUGACCCCCAUACUUCCUUGCACUGAAGCUGAGCAACCUGAACAUCCCUUUCCAUGAACAGUUGUGAGACACUGCCUGCCCCUUUGCAAGGCUGACAAGCACUGGAAGACUACUGUCCUUUGCAUGAUUUAAAUCUUCCAAAAGUGGCUGUUUUAGUUGGUCAGAUGAACACAGAAGUUGUGCCUGGACAACACCCUGCAGCCACAGUUGAAUUAGGUAGCAAGAAGUUAAAGCUUCCCUAUUGUAUGUGUGAACAGCAAUUGGAUUGGGGCAGUAGUCUCAGUAGUCUGCCUUAGAAUUGUGUUACCAUGCUUGCUGAAUCAAUACCCAUGGAACUGCACCAGUGAUGCCAAAGCAAUCCUGGAUAAGUGAUCAGAAUCCCACGUGUGAGACCAUCUCUUAGAGCUUCACUGCCUUUGCUAACUCAGUUUUCCUCAGCUGCUGUGCUUUUUGUUGCUGUAAGUUACCAUAAUCUUUUAACUGGGUUAUGCUGUAUCCACUCUAACAAUGAUGAGGGGUAGGCCUAAUUUUAGCAGUCAACUAUUUCACUUUCUCCUGACCAAUUUGCACAGUAGAUUCCAGUAACAGUAGCUGCUUGUGUCAUUGCUUUAGGAGAACACGUGGCUAUUCACUGUUCUCUCACCAGCCUUAAAAUGGUGUUGAAAUUCAGGGCACAAAGAACAGAAUGUCUUUCGGUGCAGUAGGGUGGCUCUGCAAAGACCCCCAUUUACAAUCAAACCUGUUGUUUGGCAUUUUGUCACAGCAUAAAACACUUGAAUUCUGACCUAGGUGCAGCUCAGUAUGUUAUGCAGAUUCUUCUCAGCAUAAAACAUUCCAGUCUGUUCCUGUAAUCUCAGUCACAGGCCCUGUCUAAUGCUGAAUCUGAGCAGCUGUGUAUCCCCAGCCUGCUGGGAAGUGGUGGAGGAACACACAGCCACACAUUCCUGGUAAAUAUUGGGAGGACUACGUAACUAGCAGCCAAUAGGUAAUAUUCUUUCAGCAGCCACUCACAUUCAGCAAUGGAAAAUGCAUGUAUGUGAAUGGCAUUACUGCUGUGCUGCCAGUGAAGAUUUAAUGUGUGCUUUCACCUUGUCUCGUGUUAGAGACUUGGCAGACCUAGAAAGCUUCAGAGUUCUAAGGAGAGUUGAUAUCAUUCUCUUUGAUAAGCUGCUCAGUUUUCUAGGAUUUGGAAUAUGUCCUUCAGGAUGUUUUGCAAAAUUAAUUGGUGAACAAAAUAAUUGUAAUCCCUGAUCUCUAUACUAAUGGCGGGUGAUAUUCUCUUAUAUUAUUAAUUUUUCACAAUAAUUUUUCUUACACUUCUGCUGCCCAUAGCCUGCAGUGUGCAGAGUUACAGUAGUUUAUAUUACCAACACACCUUUUUUCCUUUAUUGUGAGAAUGGAGUUGAAGGACUAGGAGAAAUAACUAUAAAUGGCUUUAAAAAAUGCAUCUUCCUCUACUUCUGUCAGUCGACUUUUUUAAAACCAAGUAGAAUAUAGUGCAAACUCACAAGUUCUCCUUAGUGCCUUGGUAGGCUGACAGGUUGAGUUUUCUUUUUAAUUAAUAUAGUCAAGGUGUCAGUAAGAAAUAUGCUGCAUGCUUUUUUCCAUUGCUGUAAAUAGACCUGCUGGCCAAAUUCUUCCUAAGCAUCACACCACUGGAGAGUAGAGAUUUAUAUGAAGGUUGAGCUUGGCUCAGAAACCUGCACUUAAUAGAAGAUGUCUCAUACUAUACAUUCAUAUUUAUACCUAAUUCGUAUUUAUACCUAAUUAAAAUCACUAACACUCACUGAGUACACUUGAAAAUGGUUCUGCUUUUAGAAAGCAUGGUAUGUGAAGCUUGUUUUUAUGGGUAUGCUAAUCACUUGCAGUGUUUCUUUAUGGCUCUAAUCCUCUCUCCAGGUUUGUGUUCUGGUGUUUUCACAGCAGUCUGUGCAGUGCUGGCAAACACUGGUCAGCCUUUCCUAGAGAGAAUUCCUGAUGUGGCAUGGCUGGUAUUAGAUGAUCUGACUGACACUCUUUCAGAAGUGAUUGGUUGGGGAAGGAAUAGAUUGCAGGCAAGCGUGUAAUAAACAUGGUUAUAUUAGCCUGUAAAGCACUGUUAAGUGCUGAGGGUAUUAGAUGAGCAAAGAAUUAGCAGCUCCCUGCCUUGGUUCAGGCCUUGAUGGGUUCUGCACCAUGUAGAGCUCUCACUUUAUCACACGUUGUUUGAGCUGUCUAAUCAAAGCACAUGAUUGUAGAUUAAAUGCUGUAAUACUG